GUAGUUAUAAAGCUCUUGAGCCGAAGCCUAGGCUUCUCCCGUUGAGUCCAGGACAGGCUGCCUGGGUUGAGCAAGCCUUGUGCAGCAAAAGGAAACCUCACACUGCCAAGAAGAGGAUGAAGGGGAGGGGAGGAAGCGCCUUUUGCGUAAUUAUCACUAGAAGAGAAAACCCAGACUCCUUUACAGAACUUAUUUUCAAAGCAGAAUUGAUUCGGACCCGAUGGCGUCAGUAGUCAGGCAUCCGGGGGGCAGGGGAACGAGGAGACUAGAGGGUGGGGGAGAAAAGUGAAGAAGAGCCUGGUAGGUUACACUCGAAGGGCAGCGAGAGAAGGGCUGGCAGCCUGGGGGGGAGAACGGGAAGGACAAUUUGGAGUUGCUUUGGCGCUGCCUCUGUCCCUCUCCAGCCUCAGGGAGCGGCCGUUUGGAAGACAGGGUGGAAGCGCUGUGGCAGCUGCAGUCAUGUCGCCGGAUGAAGGAAGAGCAGUGCUGUAGCCAGAAGCUCCUGAAAUUGGUGGCCUUCUGCCCCCUCUCUCCUCCUCUGCUUCCCCUCCCUUCCCUCGUCCUUUCUCACUCAGCGAACCCACCCGAGGCAUUCAGGCAUGUCAUGCGCUUCCUGAGAGAAGUGGCCCGUGUGUCACUGUGGGACGCAGCCCUUCCCCGCUGCAGGCCCCCCCGCCAGCCCGGCUAUAAAGGAGCCCUGCCCGCCCGCCCGCCCGCCUGGCCUGGCUGCUGUCCCCUGGGUGACAUGAAGCAGUUCCUCCCUCCGGUCACCCUUCUGCUUGGGGUCCUGCUGUUUCUAGGAUUAUCCAGGGUCACCCAUGCUACCCACCGAGGCACGGAGGGUCCCCGAGAACCCAGGGAAGAGGCCCCUGGACAAGGAGCAAACGGGUCUCACCAGCUUCACCACCACGUAAAACGCUACCUCCUACCACGCACGCCCCCUUUCCAGGAGCCUGAACCAGAUUUCAAAGUUGUCAACUGCAAGAAAAGCGAAGGCAAGUGUCAAAAAUACUGUAAUUACAUGGAACUACAACUAGGCUACUGCUUCAAGACCAAAGACGCCUGCUGUUUACCUCAGAACUGAGGUUGUUGACACAGAAGACAAAGCUUGUCCACUGCCUCCCCCGGCCGUCAGUGCAGAAGCAGGUGUCUGGAGAAGGGACUGGGGAGGCCCUGAGCUUUGUUGUCUGUGCCAGCCAUCUGAACAUCUUACUGCAGCAGAAGGAAAGAUGAAAACUGGCUACAUGUGGUCUUACGGAUGCGACCUUAGAGAAAGUGCCUUAGCUUGAGAUGUGCAAUAUCUUCCAAAUCACACAAUUUUUGCUGAUAAAUGUGGGUGUAAUAAACUUUCAUAGG